GCGGAGCGAGCCGCGGGGAUGCUGCGGGCGCCAGAGCCGCGGCUCCGGGAGCCAGAGGCGGGGGCGGAGGCGGAGGCGGCCGGCUGCAGCCCCCGGGCCUCGCGGCCGGCCGCGUCCAAGCCGCUCACCUCCUUCCUCAUCCAGGACAUCCUGCGGGACGGCGCGGAGCGGCACGGUGACCACGCCGGGCACCCGCAGCCCCCGUGCCAGCCCGAGCCGCCGCGGCGGGACCCUGAGUGCGAGCCCGGAGGAGGACGAGGCCGCGCUGGGGCGCCCAGGGAGGCGGACACGCGGGCGGAGGCCCAGCCAGAUAGGCGCCUCGAGACUUAUCUGUUGGACUGUGAGCCCUCCCCGGGCGCCUUACCAAGCCUUCCCCAGACCGCCAAGCAGCCGCAGAAGCGCUCCCGCGCUGCCUUCUCUCACACUCAGGUCCUUGAGUUGGAGAGGAAGUUCAGCCACCAGAAGUACCUGUCUGCCCCCGAACGGGCCCACCUCGCCAGGAACCUCAAGCUCACCGAGACCCAAGUGAAAAUAUGGUUCCAGAACAGACGCUAUAAGACUAAGCGGAAGCAGCUGUCCUCGGAUCUGGGGGAGCUGGAGAAGCACCCCUCCCUGCCAGUCCUGAAGGACGACGCGCUCUCCCGGGCCUCUGUGGUCUCCGUGUACAACAGCUACCCUUACUACCCCUACCUGUACUGUCUGGGCAGCUGGAGCCCCACUUUCUGGUAAUGGCUGCUCAGAUGUCAACCGCGUAUGGUGGGAAAUUGCCUCCCCACAGAGGAGGGACUGAGGUCGGGGAGUGCUGGGGAGACAGAGGGGUACAGAUGCAAACCGUUGGAGGUUUGCAAGGACCUCCUCACUGGUGAGCCAGUAAAAGACUAGGGCAGUGGCUAUUUUAAUGUCUAAACAGUUCGCCCAGAGAAAGGUCUUUACAGCCCUUGGCUUAACUUUGGAUGAGCUGUUUGCACUGCAGUUGACGAUUCUGUCUCUGCAGUUCCAUUCUCUUUGGGUAACUGAGCUGAGCAUGGACUUAGAAGAGCCAACCUAAAGGGAGAGAGGAAGUUGCCUACCUGAGUAAGCUGAACUUCAAAGCCUUCUUGUUGGCCUGGAAUAACCAAGGUCUCACUGUGUCCCUGUGAAAACAAGGGCAUGUGAGGGUUUCAGACAACUCUGAGCAGGUUGCAUGGAAUAUGGGCAGGGAGGAGCAUGAAAACAUCAGCUGCUUAUUCCUUUUCCAAAAGUCCGGUUCUUUAUGUAUUUACCGAGGGCCUCGGAAGAACAGGAUGCACUCACUGUGGCUUUUAAGACAAGCGGUGUAAACAGGACUGGACUGCGAGGGGUGGGGCCAUGCUGGAAGACUCUGCUCUUCCGAGGCAGAGGCCUGGGGGAGGAGAGUCCUCCAGGCUCCUUGCUAGGACUGCUGCCUUGUUUGUUAGCUAAAAGUGGAAAGGCCUCUGCUAACCUUUUCUGCCCUGGCUGGAGAAUUUAGAAUCAGAGGUUCCUGGACUCUUUUGGCUAGAAUUUAUACUACAUUAUGAGAGAAAGAGAUGGCAUAUGGUUGGGGGGGGGGAGGAUAAGUUUCUUUCUUUCCUCUUUCAUUUUUUGUUCCUUUUCUACAGCAAUCAACAAAGGACUUCCUUUCAGUCCAGGCUUUUAACUGGCCACAUCUAACUUUCACCUUUCUUAUUUAGCCUGAGAUCUGAGAUUUGAUCUUUUUCUUUUUUCUCCCUCUACCCUCAGCCCACAUUUCAUGAGUUUAAAAAAAAAGUAGAGGAGCAAAUUCUGAAUGAAUCAAAAGAUACAGUUUCCAAACAAAACAAAACAGAAAAACUAGCAACAUUUACUUCUUACCCUUAAAAACGCACAGCAUUAAAUUCCAAAUCCUGUUUAAAGAUCUGACAGCUCUGAUCACUGCAGCUCUGCAAAGUUCAUCAAGUCUUGGGGAUGCCUGCAGGUGGAGGAGGUAAGAGGUUUCAGGGGUUUCACAGGGAAGGACCGACACACACACCAAUGAAGGACGGGCAUCACUGAGAUUCCCAGGGCAGGCAGUGGGCUGGCAGGCGCAGGCUGGGCUUGGAAGUAAAGGCAGCCAGGUAGAAGGCUGCCAAGCCACUGAGAAAGCAGAGGGGCUCUUGUGCUUCUCAGGAAGAGACUUAGAGGGAGGAAGCUGUUUAUAAAGCACAUUAUGAUAGCUUCAGUCACCAGAAAAACAAACUGGCUAAAUGCUACGGGAACUGUGCUCAGUGCCUGCGGCGUGACUUUUGGGAGAAAGAGCAGCAAGCAGAGAACAUUGCCCCUCUCCACCUUAUUAUCUCAGGGGACCUGAGCAGCAGAGACAUCAGGUGUGGAGGGGGCAUGACCACUGCUGGAAAGUCUUUUGAUUCCACUACUUAAUUCGGUGCAGUGAGAAACCUUCAGGUUUCUUCCUGUUAAAAGGGCCAAUUCAUUGUUGGCCCCAGUGAGAAGAUAGAAGGUUGGCAGGUUUCACCCCAUUUGGCUACGGUGUGAGCUCCACAUUGAGAUAUUGUUCAGGGCCACUUGUGGUGGCCUCUGCCACAGUGCUAGGUGAUGCAAAGGCACAGAAGCCUGUGUUACUUCUGAUUUGGCUUCUCACAGUGCUGCUUUCUCUCCCCACUCUCUGAACUGAAUUCUUUCAACCUACGCUCCUGCAAGGAUUAAACAUUUUCUGUAAUAAGUAUAUUUUGUUGCAAAGAAAGUUUUUGUUUAAAAUCAUUUAGUCUUUGCAUUCAUCUUGCCCAUCCCAUCCCCAACCUGAAUCAGUCAUUCACCACCCCUGACCUGGUAGAAAAACAUUGGGAGAAUUAAUCUACUGAUCUUCAACAGAUGACCAGGACGAUGCUCCAGGCCAUUUUACCUGGACACUCUAUUUUUAUCCUGUGUCUGUGACCUGAAAAUUUGUGACUUGAAGUUUACUAAAAUGUCCCAAACUUUUAUUUUCCUAUGUAUUUUUGCAGCAUAGAAACAUUUUCAUAAUAAAGUCUCUAUGUGUUUA